AUGGCUCCAACCACCGAAAUCUGCACGCUCAACCUGGUAGCCGGCAGCGAGAUCGGCGACCCGAACAACGCAGCAUCCGGCGUUUUGAAAGAAUGCGGCGACGUCCUCGCCCAGCAAGACGGGCAGCAGACCUUCCAAUUCGGCACGACGGUGGAGAAUCCAGGAGACUUGCAAUUGUUCAUCAACUGGGAUGCCAAAUCGGACCACGAAAAGUUCAUGGCAUCGGACACCUACCCCAGCUUCGUCAAGACCUUCUCCACCAUCUUCACCGGCGACCCGCAAAUCGUGCACGUCGACUUCGAGCCCGCGGGCGGCGCAAAGGCCGCCAUGUCCGCGCCCGUCACCGAAAUUGCGACCUUCUACUACGACAACGAGCCGCCGGAGGAUUCGUUUGCGGGGGCGAAGAAGCUCGUCGAGGCGCUGCAGAAGGACGGGCAGAACAUAUUUGGGUGGGCGUUUGGGAAGACGCACGAGGUGAUUGAGCGGGAUGGGGCGAAGGGGAAGGGGAACGUGUUGGUGAUUGGGUGGGAGACGGUGCAGGCGCAUUUGGAUGCGCGGCAGACGCAGGCGUUCAAGGAUAACAUUCAUCAUUUGAGGACGCCGCAGGUGAAGGCGGCGGAGGUGCAUCAUGUUGCCAUCUUGAAUUACCAGGGGUAA